AUGGCCACUCCCGCUUCUCGAACAAUGCUUAGCGCCGCAACUGGCAAGUUCUGCGUUUUGCAACAAGGGCGCCAGCCAGGCCCCUUGACCAAGCAGAGCGUUGAGAGCAAGCCAUGGCCCCGGCGGCAGGAUGUUUGGUGCCUCAACCAGGCACAUUCUCGCCAGUCAUGUGGAGGAAUAUCGGCAGGCGACUCGUCGAUGCCGUCACUGGCGCAUAACGUGGCCCCGUCGUUAGAACUGCAGACCCUCGCGGUAACUCGCCACAAAAUGCUGUCGAAUCAACUGGGUACGGACCGCUGUUGCUGA